AUGCAGCAGAAAGUGGACGAGAGGGAGGAUUCCGACGCCCUUCUUCAAGAAGACACCAGCAAGGCAGAGCCGCCCUAUGGGCCUUUGGGGCUGGGCUCCCUAGGAUCCUUCUCCAACUUCGGCUCCAUGGGUUAUGGCCCGGGGAUGUCCUCCGGUGCUUCAUCUGGAUCGCCGUUCCUGAGCUCCUUCUCCGGCGUGCUGGGGUCCCCGAAAUCUCCGUCUCCACCUGGCAUGCCCUCGAUGCCCCCUCUGGUCAGUUCUGUAUCCAGCAAGGAGUCCAAGGACAAGAAGGAGAUCGAUUUCACCAACAUCGACUACAUAGGAUGUAUCAUCCCGCAGUGGACGGAUGGUGACUGGAUCUGUGCGGAAGCUGUAGACGUUCCAGACAUGCAAAUCUACGACGAUGCCCAGCACAGGAGCUUUUCGGACUUCCCCGGACCGGCCUGCAAAGACUCCGCGCUGCGCGAAUGUGAUUGGGAGGAGAAGCCAGCGUCGGCAGAAGCUCCAGCACCAGAAGCGAAAGAAGAGACGAAGCCGGAGGAGGCGCGAGAGCUUUCUGCCGACUCGUUCCUACUGUGGCAAGUGCAGUGA